AUGAAUUGGAAGCCGGCUAGUUGCAUAACCAAGCUGAUGGAGACUGCGUUCCUCUUCAACAAGGAGGAAGAAAACCGCCAGCUCAUCACCCUACGCCACCACAAACCACAGAUCAUGGCCCUGAUUCACAUCCUCAUUAUUCGCUGCUGUAUGUCUGUGAGUCUCCAUCGGCAGCUGUCAGCUUUGAAAUCACUCUGGAACCAUGAUGCAGACUUCUGUUCACAAAAGGACAGGCUCGCGGAUGAGAGCUGGUGCGCCAGGCUGGCUUACCUUGCAGACAUAUUUGGGCAUCUCAACGAGUUAAACGCCAAGCUUCAGGGCAGGAAUGAAAACAUUUUAUCAUCCACAGACAAGAUUCGGGGCUUUAUGGGCAAACUGACCCUGUGGCGCGAGGCUUUGGAACAGGGCUCCAUGAACAUGUUCCCGCUGGCAUCAGCUGCGCCACAGGCAGCCAGUGAGCGCGCUAUAUAUGCCGAACACCUUCAGACCUUAAAAGAGAGGUUUGAGCGCUAUUUUCCACGUGUGGCGGACAUCGAGGACAAUGACUGGAUCCGAGACCCAUUCAACCAGGAGUCCGAGUCCUCAACCGAGAAGCUCACUAUGAAGGAGAGAGAGGAGAGCGCAGAGCUCCGUGCGGACCGCACGCUGAAACUGAAAUUUAGUGAGCUCACACUCGAUCAGUUUUGGUUGGUUUGUGCAUCAGAAUAUCCAACCAUCUCCCACCACGCUAUCGACCAACUUCUUCAUUUCCCCACCACCUACCUGUGUGAGUUGGCGUUCUCCACUCUUGUUCACAUGAAGAACGAGACCAGUGUGUUUCCUGACGCGAUACGCUCGCGGCGAGCGAAAACACCCAACAUCUUCAUGGAGCAGAGUCCAGCAGACUGUGAAAAGAUGUCAUGGAGGAGAACUAGGAGGUGGUUGUUUUGGCUGAUGCUGUUCCUCAUGAUGGGAACAUUAUUGGUCAUAUUCCACUAUUCAACCACGGAAGGAUUAUGGCCUUUGAGGAGAAGCUCGGCAUCUUGCAACAGUAUAACGACAGCCUAUGCUCCUCUGCUUGCACAGUACUUUGUGGCGUACCCACACCAGUAUCGCUUCAUAGUGGACGAGCCACACAGAUGUCGGCAGGAAAGACCAUUCUUGGUUCUCAUGAUCCCAGUAGCCCCCCAUGACAGAGGGGCCCGUGACGUCAUCCGUAACACAUGGGGCAAAGAAACCACAGUGCAGGGCCACGUGGUCAGCUACUACUUCCUGCUGGGACUGUCCGGAGCGGGAGACGGGACCGAGGUCCUUGAGGAGCAACUGUUACAGGAAAGCCGGCGACAUCAUGACCUACUCCAGAGUGACUUCAUGGACAGCUACAAAAACCUCACCAUUAAAACCAUGGUGAUGUUUGAAUGGCUCAACUCCCACUGUCCCAACACCUCCUACGCCAUGAAGGUCGACGUGGACGUGUUCCUAAAUGUUCAAAACCUUGUCUCCAUGCUUAUGACGGCCCCCAAACAUCUCUUCCUGACUGGACGCGUGAUGAGGGACUCUUAUGUUCUUCGAGACAAUAACUCUAAAUGGUAUAUGCCUGUGUCUGCCUUCCCCGAAUCAACGUACCCACCGUAUGCCAUGGGAAUGGGCUAUGUGUUCUCAAUGGAUUUACCCAUUAAGAUACUGGAAGCGUCGUUGCAGAUUAGAGCAAUUUACAUUGAAGAUGUGUACGUGGGACUGUGCUUGAGACAUCUGGGGGUCACACUUACAGAUCCUCCUCAUAGUGGCUUGUUCAGGAUAUCAAUGCCUUAUUUUGCCGGCGGCUGUUACUGGAGCUCUGUCAUUACAUCAUUGCUACAGGACUCUGACCAGCUUGGGGGUGUUUGGGAAAUAUAUCAGAGGCAAGUACUAAAUGGCUGUUAAAUCCUUCUGCUGCACCCGCAUUACACUGUUCCACGGAGCCGCUGUUAC